AUUUGCUCCGCUCUAGUCCUAUCGGGGUCGCGGAACAAAAACCCGCGCGCGCGCUCGCACCCAGCUCUCCGUAGACCAUCAAUCCGCCCGCGGCCGGACAUGGUACCGGCUUCCGGUGGCCAACGGGUAGUGUAUUCAGUCAGCAGUGCCAGGUUGGAGGUGCCGACCAGUUAGAAAAGUAAAAAAAAAACAACGAUGGAAGUGCAAAACAGCAGCAGCAGUAAAAACAGCAACAACGGCAAGAGGCGCGAGCCCGCGCCGGACGACGAGCUGGACCCGGUCGCGGGAAGUGGGUCCAAGCGGCUCGACAAGUCGCUGGCCACGAUGACGGUCAACGUGGUGGACCUGCUGAAAAAGGCCUCGAAAGGAAUUCUCAAUUUGGGCGAUGCCACCAAGCUUCUGGAGGUCCGGCAAAAGCGGCGAAUCUACGACGUAACCAACGUUUUAGAAGGAAUUGGCCUGAUAGAGAAGCAUGGCAAGAACAGCGUCAAGUGGCGCGGUGACUCCCUCACGCCCGACCCCCGCGACGUCACGCGCCGCACGCGCGUUUUGAAGCACGAGCGCAGCCGUCUGCUCGAGUACGAAGCGCUGAUCGACCGCCGGCUGAAGAUCAUCAACCAGAGCGCGCAAAACUCACGCACGGACGAAACCCUCGCUUCCUUCGCGUACGUCACCAGCGAAGAUCUGCUGGACGCGUUCGGCACUCGGUCGGUCAGUCUGGCCGUCCGGAAGCCACCCACCGUGAACGUGGUCGAGGCUGGAAGCGAACUGACGCUCACGUCGUCGGAACGCCUUCCGCUGGACGUCAGAUUGCUGCGGGAUCCGCUGGGACCGUGCUUCACGCGACCAAUCCGACGGGCGAACGUCCUGCGCAAACAUCGGCGAUCCGACCCGACGGAAACCCGCAGGCGGGACGAAAAAAGUGCAAUCCAAGCCAGGCUGGACGCCAACGCGGACCGACUACUGGACACGCGGACGGAAACGGCCGAACAGGAGCGGCAACUCAACGCCGAACUGCUUCUGGAAAAGGAUCUCACCAAGCUCAGCAAGUUUAGCGCGGCCGAGCAGGAACCCCGGGACGACGAUCCGUUCGUCUCGCUGGAACCUCCGCGGGUGGCCACGUACGCGUUUACGUUGGCACCCGGCGAGGGUCUGUUUGAGUUGUUUGACUUGGAGCAGCAUAGUCAGUAGCAGCAGCGUUCAAAAACAGCAACCAAAUGACGUAAAUUAGCCGUUUCGUGAUCGUGUCUUGUUUUAUGGACUCUUUAUUUUUUUUAUUUACCCAUUUGAACAAAGCUAUCGUGUAGGCAAAUAUUUCCUUCCAUUUUGUAUAAUCGAAGAAAUUCCAUGUUUUAGGUUUAGUUAAUUUAUGUGACCAACCCCGACCAUGCAUUGGAUGUAAUUCGAUUUUCAAAAUUUUAGACUAGCCAACGCAUCACGUGUUGUGUAUUUUGAGCAUAGCUAGAAAGAGAUAAAGAGCUAGAGAGAAUACACCGAAAAAAGAGUAUGUGUGCAACUUCAGAGUAUAUAUUAUAGUCAUUUAAUAAAGUACAUCCACUGUAAUUGUUAAAAAAA